UCCUUCCACGCGUUCUUUUUUUCAAGCGCUUCGAGCAUGGCUUGAGGCACGUCGGCACUUGCAGGCUCAGCUCAGUUCUCAAUUUAGUUUCGACAUGUUGUGUUCACGACAAAUCGCGUUUUUAAAAAGUUUCUUGCUUUUAACCGGCACCUUGGUGUUGUUGCUGCUGUAUAGCAGCACCACUGAGGCAUACUCGGGUCUAAUAGCGGCCGACCCAGAUAACCCGGGCAAAUGUAUUUAUCGCGGCGAUGAGCUGAAGCUUGGCGUGAAUCUGGGUAUAGCGCCGUGUCAGCGCCUCACUUGCAAUGAGGACGGCUCAAUAUUUAUUGAGGGUUGCGGCCGGUUACGCAUCGAGAACUGCAACAACGGCGAGCGCAUACACAUGGAUAAACCGUUUCCGGAAUGCUGCAAGCUGCGCUACAAGUGCAAGAAGCCCGACGGCUCGCCGUACUACAUUGAGCGCGAUGCCUUCGGCAGCGAUCAGCAGAACAAGCUGAAGCGCUGACUGGAGAGCAGCAGCGCG